AUGGAUAAAACUUUUGUGAUAUUAGUCCUUUUGGCAAAAUUGUUGGUUAUCAAUUGUCAAGAAAGGAAAUUUAUUGACGAGAAAGUGGAGGAAACACCAGACAAUGGAAAAUCAAGUUACUCAUUCAGCUACGGAGUAUCUGAUGGGCGCACUGGAGAUAUUAAAACAGUAUGGGAAUCCAGAGAUGGUGAUACUGUAAAAGGUCACUACAGUGUUGUUGAACCAGAUGGCUCCACAAGAACAGUGAAAUAUGCAGCAGGACCGAAUACUGGGUUUCAAGCUAUAGUCAAUACUGAAAAUGGAGUACCUUCUGAUGAAACUGAAAGAAGUUCUAAAGAAGCAAAGUCUAUUUCAAAUUAUGACAGGUAUUAUGAUUUUCCUGAAGGUUCUGUGGAUGUGGAUUACUAUGAAAAAGAAAAAAGGAAAUCAAGAAUACCUAAUGCAUCAUCAUCAGAAUAUGGUCAAUAUUUUAAUAAGAAAAGGCUAAAGCACCCAUCAUAUAUGGAUGAUACAUUAGAUUCGGAACCAAGUGACUACACACACAGUAUCACAAUAAGACACCCACAUGACGAUUCUUCAGAUAUCCAACCACUAAGUCACGUCGGAUACACCUUCGAUCCGAAUUGUAAAACAAAAACUAGAAAAGAAAGUUACGGUAACAGAGAUCAUUCGUAUUCUAACAUAGUAGGUUUAGAACUGAAUAAGAAAUAUCCACAAGUGCCUGUAGAUUCUUAUAGAGACAAUUAUGAUAAAUACGCUGAAUCCAGCUAUGACUACAACAGAUACGUGAAACAGUCUGACAAUGGACGUUAUAGAGGACACAAAUACGAGGAAUACGAUCCACAUCCUUCGGGUUCAACAAAAUAUACAUUUCCUGUUGCACCUGACGCACCACCUUACGAAAAGUAUUACCCUGAUGAUUUUCUGUACAGGCCAAACAAGAAAAGGCCUUACAAGUACCGGGAACCUGAGCACCGUUAUCCAACUAUUGGUGAAAACUUAGAAGAUUACGUUUUAGUUCCAAAAAAGAAAUUAAGAAAACCCACAACUGUUGAAAACUAUGAAUAUAGAGUCGUUGAUGAUGAAUAUGAUCGUCCUCAUUAUGUAAGUAGUUAUGACGAUGAGUCUCAAGAUGACAGAUAUCAUAGUUCAGUACAAGAAUCAGGACCCACAGAGGUGAUUAAAAAAAUAGUCAAAAAACGAAAACCCGUUGUUAACCUUUUAGAUAUAUUUGAUAUUUAG